UCAAAAUGUUUCACUUACCAUACGUUCUUGGACUAUUCUUAUUGUUGAGCAGUGGCAUUUCCAUCCCUAUAGAAAAUGAGGAAAAUGUAGCAAAUGAGGACACAACCACGGAAUCCGGCAAUGAAACUUCUCAGAACUUAUACGUUAUAAAGUCUGUGGUGUAUGAAAUUGGAAUACUGACAGACGUUGACGAAGAUGCCGAAGAAGGAAAUGAAACACACGAACAAGUAGACUUAACCUUUUUUGACCCGGGACACAACGGCAGCAUCAUAGACUUGUCCAACAUCCCAAUUCCGGUCCAGACCAACAUUAGCGGCGUAUCCGUGACAGGGAUUUUGCCCGCAAAUUUAGGGCAAAUAAAUCUAAAUGAGAAUGGAACAGCCACCAUCAACGGCACCUCAUUUCCUAUUCUUCCCAAUCAGCAAAUCAAAGUCACGCACAACAUAAGCACUAUCAACAAGGACAAAAGUUCUUCCAUCCUAUCUGGACUGCCAAAAAUAUUAGGACUGGGCGAUGUAUUAAGUCCUAGUUCUAACGAUAAAAAAAUAGACGAUAAGAAUGAAGAUGCAAUCAGUGUGGAACCAUUGUCCGAUUCAGAUGAAGAGAAAGAAGCUCGUUAGGAUCCGGUUAAUCUAAAUUAUUUUCAUAGACUUUAUUUUAAAUUUUUUGUGCAUGGUAAAGUGGAACUGUAAAUAAUUUUUAUUUUGUGAAUUAAAAAAUAAAAUUGUCGCUGGUCGAUCGGUA